GGCUCGGCCACUAUAACUCGGCGGCGCCCAUGGCAGCGGCCCCCCAGCCGGGCAGCCCAGCACAGCCCGGGCCCCGGCCCCGCAGCAUCCCGGCAGCUGCAGCAGGUCACCCUCCGCCACCAUGAUGGAGAAAGGGCCCCCCAACUCCAGCGAAGGCCAGCAGGGCUGGUUUUCUGCCAGGAAUGGCAGCGGCAGCUCCCUGGACCUGGAGUCUGUGGUGCGACCCCUGGCCUUGAACCCGUGGGACGUCGUGCUCUGCGUCUCCGGGACCAUCAUCUCCUGCGAGAACGCCAUCGUGGUGGUGGUCAUCUUCUACACGCCGGCCUUCCGCGCCCCCAUGUUCCUCCUCAUCGGCAGCUUGGCCACGGCCGACCUCCUGGCGGGUUUGGGGUUGAUCCUGCACUUUGCCUUCGUCUACUUCGCGCCGUCGGAGGCGGUCAGCCUGCUCACGGUGGGGCUGCUGGUCACCUCCUUCACGGCCAGCGUCUGCAGCCUGCUGACCAUCACCAUCGACCGCUACCUGUCCCUCUACAACGCCCUGACCUACUACUCGGAGAGGACGGUCACCAGGACUUACAUCAUGCUGAUCCUCACCUGGGGAGCCUCCAUCUGCUACGGGCUCCUGCCCGUCAUGGGCUGGAACUGCCUGAAGGAGCCGCCCGCCUGCAGCGUCGUCAGGCCGCUGACGAAGAACCACCUCAUCAUCCUCUCCGUGUCCUUCUUCGCGGUGUUCGCGGCGAUGCUCCAGCUGUACGUGCAGAUCUGCCGGAUCGUGUGCCGGCACGCCCACCAGAUCGCCGUGCAGAGACACUUCCUGGCCAGCUCCCACUACGUCACCACCAGGAAAGGCAUCGCCACCCUGGCCGUCAUCCUGGGCACCUUCGCGUCCUGCUGGCUGCCCUUCGCCGUCUACUGCCUGCUGGGGGACUACACCUACCCGGCCCUCUACACCUACGCCACCCUCCUCCCCGCCACCUACAACUCCAUGCUCAACCCGGUCAUCUACGCCUUCAGGAACCAGGAGAUCCAGAAAGUGCUGUGGGCCGUGUGCUGCGGCUGCUUCUCCCCCACGCUGCCCUUCCGCUCCCGCUCCCCCAGCGACGUCUGAUGUGUGUCCCCCCCGUCCACCUCCCUGCACCUUCCACUCACCGGCUGCAGUCGGGGGGAUCCGCUUUUAUUCCCCCUUCUCAUUCCCAGAGGCAACGGUUGCAGGAGCUCUUGGAACCAGGCAGCUCUUCCCAGCCUCGUCCUUUUCGGGCACAACCCCUUCUUGGCCUCUAUUUUUCCACUUUUUGAAUGUACAGGAGAGAAAAGCGUAUUUUUUAUCCGUAAUAUAAUCUAUAUUUAUGUGUGAGAGAGAGACACAGAGAGAGGGGGGAGAUCCUCAUAUUUUCUUUAAAACUAUUUACGAUCCUUUAUUUUUUUAAGGGGGGGCAACACCAGGAACGUUCACCCCCAUCUUGGUUUUUUUACAACCUCAUUAUUUACCUCAGAUAGUUAAAAUAUAUUUUGUACGUUUGGGGAAGGGGGGAAGAGACUCACUGCCAGAGGAGGAGGGAUUCAAACCCUCCCCUCCCACCUUCUCCCAGCUGUCCAUCCAUUGCUUUAUUUAUUGUUUUUUUAAUUAUUAUUUAAUUUGAUUUCUGUGCCUCCCUCCCGCCCAGCGCUGGGCCCUGCUGCCCUCUAGUGCUCGCUGCCUUCGGGAGGAGGGGGCUGCCGGAGGCUCCGCACCCCCAAACCCAGCAGUUUUGGGGUCCUCUGGGUGCUGCCACCCCCCUCCUGGCAGCCAGAGCUCCCCCCCCCUCCAAAGCCUUUCUUUGCACUGGGGCUGGAUUUGCACAUUUUGGAGGGGGGGGAUAGAUGUGAAGAGGCCUCUUGUGAUGGGGCCCCUCUGGAUGGGGAUCUCUUGGGAUGGGGGAUCCCUCAG